AAAAUCUUUCUUGGAAAGGGUUGUCGGUACUCUCAAGUUGUAAUUAAAAUUAAAUAAAUUUUGUAUCAAAAAUGAAAGUCUUUGUAGCAAUUUUAGCUUUAGUGUCCUGUAUUUCCGCCAAAGAAUGGACUGUUAAAACUAAACAGCAAAUGACAGACAUUCGCAUUGAAUGCUUAAAUAAACAUCCACUCUCUCCUGAACAAUCAGAGAAAAUGAAUAAUUUUGAAUUUCCUAAUGAGGAAAACGUUCGCAAAUAUUUCCUCUGCACUGCGGAAAAAAUCGGCAUCUUCUGUCCGCAUCAGGGCUAUCAUGCGGAUCGUAUUGCUAAACAGUUCAAAAUGGACAUGGAGGAGGAAGAGGUCAAGAAAGUGGCCGAAGAUUGUAUUGCCAAAUUCCCCAAGGGCAAUAAGCCCAAUGAUGUGGCCGCUUUCGAAGUACAUGGUUGUUUGAUGAAGGCAACCAUUGGCGAGAAAAUAGAAAAUUAUAUUAAGAAACGUCAUGAAGCCGCCAAACAACAAGAACAAAGUGCAUAAGUUUAAGAAUAGAAAAAAUAAUUUAUGAUAGAAAUAAAUUAAUAUUUAGUAAAUAGUAUAAGAAAA